UUCCAGCAACACAUUUUUAAGCUCUGAUCCCCAGCAUCUGCAAUCCUCACUUUCUCCUAUAUUGCUAGUGAGAGUAGAUUAACUCUGUUCAGAACCACUGCAAGGUGCUGGCCCUAAGGUAACCAAUCUUUUCUUCCUAUCUUUCAAUCUCCCUCUCACAUGUUUUAUGGUUUCCUUUAUUUUACGAAUAACUUUAUGAUCAAUAGGCUUCUGAGAGUUUCACUCAUCAUCUUCUUUAAUUGUCGGUACACUAUCCCACAGUUAUUCUAUAAAGAUUAUGGAAUUAAGGGUCUAGUGAUGAUUAUGAAACCAUUGUCGAUUGUUGGAAAAACCCAUCUGGUUUGCUAAUGUCCUUUAGGGAAGGAAAUCUGUUCUUACCUGACCAGGCCUACAUGUGCCCCCAGACCCAUAGCAAUGAGGUGGAUUCUCAACUGCACUCGAUGAUUAGGGAUGGGCAAUAAAUGCUGGUCUAUACAGAGGCUCCUGUAUUCCAGGAAUGAAUAACAAACAUUGUUGUCUGUCCAGGUUUCCAUCUGGGACCAGAUUGUCCACUACUCCCAUAGUCUGUGAUCAAAACAAUUCGCAAAGAAUUAGUCCCACCAGCAGGAUGUCCAUUCAUUGGCUAACUCAAUGUCUUAAAGAUAGUACUAACUUAUGUGGAUAGAUAUACAACUUCAAUGAUUUGUAGGGAGCCCAAAGAUUGGGAAGAUUUUCGAGACAGGCAAAGCAUGACUAAAAAUGAGAAAUUGGAGAGCAGGGAAAACACUGGAGAAGUAUAAAAUCAAUAUGUAUAAGAAAGAAAAGAGUUGCUAAAGUAUGUUUUGGUCCAUUUGAGGGUGAGAUUGGGAAGGUAAUACUGGAAAACAAGGAAAUAUCAAAGAUUUUGAACAAGCAUCUUUUUUAUCUGCCUUCAUAAUAGAAGACGCAGAAACAUCCCCGAAUCGUGGAAGACCAGUAGGCCAAUGACAGAGAAGAAAUUCGUAAAAUUAAUUAGAUUAAAGGCUAGUAAAUCCCCUGCCUUGACCUUAUCCUACCCGUUUCUAUCUCUUGUGAUGAUAUAGUCUUAUGUGUCUCUGUCAUGAGGUUACUGUCCCCAGUGUAAUAGAAGUUUCAAUAUCCCAGUGUUCAUUCCUUGUCUUUCUAAGUUUGAUAACACCCUGUAAAAAAAAAGGCUUGUCAUCUGAUCUUGUGUAAUAAAAUAAUACAUUCUUAUUGUUAUAUUGUGCACUUUUUGUCCAUUAUUCUUCAUGCGAGUAAGCAGUUUGAUGCGAGAGGAAUUUGUUCCAGUUUAGUGAAGCACAUACAGCUUCUCUUCAGAGCGCAGCAGUGAAUGGGUUAACCCUCCGAGCCAAGUCCCUCCUCUUCGCUUUGAUCUUCCUAAUGGGGGCGUGUGCUGGAGUUUAAUCUUACUUGGGCCGCAGCUCACAGCUCUGGUCGCUGUGCUGGAGUGACAGUGGACAGAAAUUAGAGGAAUUGGGUAGAUACGUGGAGGAAAGAAGAAAUCCAACAUGUUCCUCUGUAGAAAAUCAGUUGAGGACCAACGUACAGAAUCCUGUGUUAAAAUGGAACCAUGGAGUCCAGUGCCAGCGGCAGCGAAUCACUGCAUUCCAAGUGCACCGUCAGAUGGAAGUACCAUGUACAGUGUCACAUUGGGUGGACUGUCACAGGGACUCGCCUUCCCAGGUUCUAUCACAAAUAAUUUCAAUUAUUGCCACAAGAGAUACGAGGACUGUCCUAAUGGGCUGAUAGGAGACGUGUCCCUGAAAUGUGAUUACAGCCUGAGCUCAGUUCCAAAACGUCUAUGCCUCGUGUGUGGGGACACUGCUUCUGGAUACCAUUAUGGAGUGGCCUCCUGUGAAGCAUGUAAAGCUUUCUUCAAACGUACUAUCCAAGGUGUACGGCUCGACCGUGUGAGGGGGGGGCGACAGAAGUACAGGCGUUGCUUUGAGGAGUCGACUGUUGGAUAUCUCAACUCUCAAUGUUGUCAGUCAAGCAAAAAAUCAGGGAAUAAAAUUGUUUCCCAUCUGCUAUUGGUGGAACCAGACAAGAUCUACGCUAUGGCUGACCCAACUGCUCCUGAGAAUGAUGUCAAAGUCCUCACAACACUCUGUGACCUUGUGGACAGAGAACUGGUUGUCAUCAUUAAUUGGGCUAAACAUGUCCCAGGUUUCUCCGCCCUUUCGUUGGGAGAUCAGAUGGGUCUCCUGCAGAGUGCCUGGAUGGAGGUCCUGAUCCUGGGGCUUGUGUUCCGCUCACUGCCCUAUGAAGAAGGAUUGGUUUAUGCUGAUAAUUUAGUCCUUGAGCGGGAACAGUGUCGAGUGGUUGGAUUACUUGACCUAUAUUGCACAAUCCUCCAACUGAUCACAAAAUACCGUAAGCUUCAGCUUGACAAGGAAGAGUUUGUGACACUGAAAGCCAUGGCUCUGGCUAACUCAGACUCAAUGAGUAUUGAGAACGUUGAGGCCAUUCAGAAUCUGCAGGAUCUCCUCCAUGAAGCUCUGCAGGACUACGAGACAAACCAGCAUUUGGCAGAUCCUCACCGCAGUGGCAAAUUACUGAUGACUUUACCCCUUCUCCGGCAAACUGCAAACAAAGCCAUACAGAGCUUCCGGAGAGUGGUGACAGAGGGUAAGGUGCCAAUGCACAAACUAUUCCUUGAGAUGCUGGAAGCUAAAGCCUAAAAGCUGGAGUUCAGAGUCUGCCUCAACAUCUGCCCCUCAAAGACUGACCAGCUGUGAACUGCAACUGAAGGAAUUAGUGGAACUGGAUUGCCUCUUGGGGCGUUCUUUCUGAAUGCAUGGCUUCUUUGUGUGCACUGUAACCCAGUCUUGUUGUGACAAAGGCUAAUCUGCCCACAGUCACAGCACACCAUAGGAGGUCCUCAUUAUGCAACUUCCACAAACCCACACUGCUGAUACGUAACAUAAAAGAUUUUCAAGAACUGUAAAGUUUAUUUAACAAAGUCACAAUAAAAAUGGAAAAAAUUAAGUCAGACUCUCCUCGUGAUGUGAUUACUAGCUUUCCAUUUUAAUUCAUUUAUAAAUACCUUGUUUACCUUUCAUUUGCAUCUGAGUCCUGUAUUCCUUUAGUUAAAAUAUCCCUU